AUGAAUACCGGCGAAAUGCAAAACGUGAAGACCGAGGACACGCAAAACAUGAAUACCGGCGAAAGGCAAAACGUGAAGACCGAUGGAACGCAAGACGUGAACACUGGCGAAACGAAGAACGUGAAGGUCGGCGAGAAGGGCAAAAAGCAAGGAACUCCCGGGACUUCCACAAUCUCUGAUGAAGUGAUUCCAGAGUUGCAGGCGCUUAUUCCCUUAGAGGGCGUUCUUGUUGAGCAGAAAAUCGAACUCCUUGAAAUUAUCAGUGAUUUGGAAUCAGAAAAUCAAUACGACGUCAAAACGCUGGCCGGAGUUCCACUAUUUCACAUGGCUGAAAAAUCGAAUUGCUUUUGUCGAAAUAUCAACAAAACGCGGCGCGGAUUUCAAAUGGUUAUGGCUGAUUUCACCGGAAAAGACGUGAUCGUCGUCGAAUCACCUCCUGGAAAUAAGGUGAGCAACAUGAUCGAUGGGGCAUACCUGCUUUUCAGAACUCACUAA